CUGUUUUCUUGCUGUUAUGCCUCGCCACUCACGGGAGACAAUGCAUAAUGCUGGUUAAAGGAAACUCAGGUAUAAUGCAAAAACUCCAGAUUGCUAAAGUUAUCAGCUGCUUAGCGAAUAUCUCCUUGAGACUUAAAAUCUUGUUCUAAAAGCUUUUUUAACUCAAUCACGGAUGUGCAAACCAGGAGUGGGUGGUGGAAGGGAGCAUAUUGACCAGAGAAGUGGGCUAAUAAUUCACCUCUCCUCCCCUUUUUGACCGGGGGAGGUGUGGAAUCACCACUCCCCCACUUUUUCGUGGUGAGAAAGAAAAUAAAGCUGAUGGUGAAGACUUUGUGGACUUUCAAAGAACAAUGUUUCUUCAACAGCACUCCGAAAGGGAAAACAAAGGGAACAAUCCUUCAAAUGUUCCAUUUUGAUGUAAACUUCUGCAGGAAAGACGAACAUCUUUAUCCUUAACAAUGCCCCCGGUGUCUCCUUACAACAGGAAAUUACAGCUGCAUCAAUUCCAACUGGUAAUGGUCUUGAGUUACAAUUGAAUGAAAGUUCCCCAAGACGGGGGGAAUUUCCGUCUGUUCUGGAAUGUUCCGACCUCAUUGCGCAAGGACGGGAUUACCCGAGCUGCUCCAGGAAAUCCAGGGUAGUGCCGCGCUCAGCUGACGAGGGGUGAAAAGCAGCUUGCGUGGUUUGUCGGCGAGCCAGUGUAAGGGACGAUUUCGUCAAGCAAACACUUCCUUGGAUACAUCGACUGCUCAAAAAAGAGGGCCGAUCCUGCAUCUGCACAUUAAACUCGCAAAAGCGAAGCAUAUAUCGUCUACUUAACGUUACAGUCGAUCGUUUCACCAUGAGGCACGUCGCGAUGCUUCUGAUGUGUGUCUCAGCGUUGCUCGCUGUCGUUUCUGCCAUCGACGUCCGUGUGGCGACCAAGUUUACGACGACCGAGGUCACCACGCUUUCGCAGAACUCGACCGUGAAUCUGAUCGGUUUCCUCUGCGGCCAAGCGAAGGGGAACACUGUGAAUGUCACAGUCGUGUUGAACAAUAACCCUUACUGGCGUCUCAACCAGGGUGUCCUUUAUUACUACGUUGUGGACUCGCCCAGCAAGGGCGAGGCAGACGCCCUCUGCACGAACAUGAACCAGGGCGCGCCGUGGGCGUACUGCACAGUGAAGUCCUGGCCGUCCUUGGGGGACUUGUACAUCAAAGGGCGCUCGGGGCCCGUUGAGGCGGUGAGUUUCAGCUUGGAUGCGGAGAGAACGCAGCAGAGUGAGGUGAGCUUUAGCGCUGACGCAGUGAAAAUUGACAAGCAGGUGCCUGCAUCAGCACAAAAGGCUCCCACGUCAACUGCUGAACCCCUGCCUCGAGUGCCUCCGGGGUAUAAGCUAAGGGACGGCAAGACCGUCUACCUGACAGAGUACAUCACGCUGACGGCCUCGCAGGUGGUGCCCAGGCUUCAGGAGGCCCACCUCAACUUUACCUUCUGCCCGACCCCGGAGACCGGGUCGCAGUACUCCAUCAUCGGCACGGUCAUCGCCAAAGAAGGGAGAAGUUCCUGGGUUCAGUACAUUUGCAACAAGUACCCAUGCGAGCUGAGCCAUCCUGAGAACAUCAUCGCUUAUAACGGUAGACAGCUACCCAUCAACACCGUGGUUACCGGAGCGGGGCAAUGGAAGCAGUUGUACGCCCUCAUUAUCUGCUGGGGUGGGCCCUUCGAUCCCAAGUCCGGUUUGUACAUUGGCGAUUUCCUUUUCGACGCCGUCGCAAACAAGGUGUAAAUUCGCAGCAGUUGCGUCGUCUCAGAUGUGUUCUUCAUGCCAAAUCGUGGUACAUAUUAAACUGAGGAAAGUGGGUCAGAUGCAACCUGUGUUAUUUUCUUUACUGCAGUUUUUGGCUGCUUGUAAAAUGUUCUGGGUAGAACGAAGUGUCUUCGACUGUCACACUAUGUAGUGAGCUAGAUCCAGUACACAGUGGUUAUAAACGGCCAUGUUCUCAAAAGAAUCUUGCACUUGUGACAAGGUUAUAAGGGUUUUAGGUGCAUGUCUAAAACAAUGGCGACGGCGAAGUACCACUUUGAAAUAUUUUUUCCCGUUGAGUCCCCCCUGGGCUUCCGUAUUUCACGGCUUAUGACAUAAAUGAUGACGGAUUUAACGCUUUGGAAGUUUUUGUCCAACGUUCUACCGUCAGAUUUUUUAUACCUUUAUUUCAUCAACUUGGUAUUAAUCAAGAGCCUGUGGGUAUAGACCAAGGCAGUUUUUUUCUAUCCCGUAUUUUAAUAACAAAGUAAAGCUGCGAAGCCGUUCUAAAUCUUUGUGCAGCCAAGUCCUCAUGUACCCCCAUAAUAUUUUCACUCAAGAUAAUUAAGUCCCCAUUAUAAGUCGCGAGUAUACUCUAAGUAUUCACGUUUUUGGUUGUAAACGGUACUGACAACACGUUGCUGACUGGUUACCUUUGAUUGCACAUACCUCUUGAGCCGGUGUUCUAUUCAGGCAAGUAGUAAUGUCAAGGACCUACACAAUGCAAGUUUCUACGACAGCCAUCACAAAUACAUCUGUGUGCUUGACCUUACUGACAGUUUCCUAUUUUAAAAUGUGUUUUGGUGCAUUUUCGCUUUUUUGUAGUUAUGCGAGUUGCCAUAUUAAUCAGCAAAAAUUUACUAUCGCUCCGUGUCGAAAACCUAGAUGUUGCACUAACACGUGCGCAGAAACUACUGCCAUUGUUCAUGUCUCGCUGUUCUUCGGGGGGGGGAUAUCAUAAUUUGGUCAAUACAUGGCAGUGAGUAUACUGGAAGACUCUUUGACCCAAUUUCAGUCAGAUUCCCCAGCGUAGUGUAUUCAUUUGAAAACGUUCAAUUAAAAAAAAAACAAACAGACUCUAGUCUAUGAUUUCAUUCCAUCCCCUCCCAAAAAAAAUCAUCUGGUACCAUCCCAUUAAUCAAGGUUUUAAAAAUAAAUAAAAUACGUUCAGGAAUACGACUGAAAUUGGGUCUUUCGCGAAUAUGGUUUAUCUGCUGUUCCGAUAGAAAAACCCAUGCACCCAUGUCAUCAGCAAAUGACAUCGGAGGAACAGAGCCCCGCAGUUGUCCCAACAAGCGCAGGUUUCAGAUAGGCAUCUUUCAAUGCACCCAACGCCCCGAAGAUGUCGCAUAGGUUGAGUUCGGACGGCCUGUUCUUUUCAUGGGUUUCUAGUUCUCGCGCUCGAACGGCAGGAACGCGACUCAAGAACACUGUUCUCGGAACAGGAUCACACACCACCUCUUCGUCAG